AUGGUGGCUAUGAUGGGACGAGGAGUUGGUGGCCUUGGCAGCGGCAAUAGGGUAGCAGUUGCAGCGGGGCGUACUGAUAACGGUCGAACAGUGAAGAAAAGGGAAUGUGUACUAGACAAUAAGUUCAUUGUUUCGUAUAAUCCAGAAUUGUUGCUCAAGUUCAGGUGCCACAUAAAUGUGGAAUACACAUGCCAAACAAGUUCUAUUAAGUAUCUGUUUAAGUAUGUACACAAGGAUAAUGACCGUGUAACAGCUACUCUAUACAAUGCUGGUGAUCUGUCAGAAGCCACACAAGUUGUUGACGAAAGAGCAAUAUCUCAUAAGUCCAUGUUUUUGGGAUGGAUGACGGCGAACAUGUCAUAUCCCUAUACUCGAAGUCUAACUUAUGCUGAGUUUCCAACCAAGUUUGCUUGGAAGGACGAUUCUUCAAAGUGGUUUCCUCGAAAGAAAGGCUUCGCAAUUGGAAGACUCAUGUACCAACAGGAAGCAAGCUCAUGGGCCUCAGGAUCAUAUGUUAGGAGGUUAUUUGUCAUUCUAUUAACAUCCAACAAUAUCUCAAGACCAGAACAUGUCUGGGAUAGAUGUUGGCAUGAACUCUCAGAUGAUAUUUUGUAUCGACAGAGAGCUGUGAUGAACAUGAGGGAGUUAACAAUGUCAGAUGAUGAGAUUAAGCAGUUGUGCUUAAUGGAUAUAGACAAGAUCUUACAUUCCUAUGGUAAAACCUUGAAAGACUAUCCUCCAAUGCCUUUAGCAACUGAAGUUGAUAGUUCUUUGUUAAUCGAAAUGGGGGAUUUUUUCUUUGUGUAUGGUCAUGGGGGUACUGGAAAAACAUUUCUCUGCAACCUUAUGUCUGCUGAGAUUCGCUCAAGGGGUGAUAUAGUGUUAAACGUUGCUCCGAGUGGUAUUGCAUCUUUACUUCUUCCCAAUAGAAGAACGGCACACUCAAGGUUCAAAAUACCGCUGAAUAUAACUGAGGAUUCUGUAUGUAACAUCAAACCUGGUUCCCCUCAAGCAAUGUUGCUGUUGAAAGCCAAACUUAUAAUUUGGGAUGAGGCUCCAAUGGUUAGUAGGUACUGCUAUGAAGUGCCUGAUAAAUGCUUGGGUGAUAUCAUGAGGUGUUCUCCAACAUAUAGCAAAGAUUUGCCCUUUGGAGGAAAAGUGGUUAUACUAGGUGGAGACUUUAGACAAAUUCUUCCUGUCAUUUUACGAGGAUCGAGACAAGAUAUCGUUCAUUCAACCGUGAAUUCGUCUUACCUUUGGAAGUUUUGUCAAGUGCUCAAACUAACAAAAAAUAUGAGACUCUCUGUAGGGACGACUGCUUCAGAUCAAGAUGAGACAGAGCAAUUUGGUGAGUGUGGUCUUUGUAAUGGUACAAGGCUACAAGUUAGGAAGUUUGGAAAUCAUGUCAUAGAAUGUGAAGUCUUAAUGGGUAAUAAUGUUGGUCAUAUUGCUUUGAUUCCAAGAAUGAAUAUGGUACCAACAAAUGAAACCGUCUCAGUUAGAUUCCAAUGA